UGCGCCCGCCGCCCUCCCGCCGCCUGCCCCGCCAUGGGUCGACAGAAGGAACUGGUGGCCCGCUGCGGGGAGAUGCUCCACAUCCGCUACCGGCUGCUUCGCCAGGCGCUGGCCGAGUGCCUGGGGACCCUCAUCCUCGUGAUGUUUGGCUGUGGCUCCGUGGCCCAGGUUGUGCUCAGCCGGGGCACCCACGGUGGUUUCCUCACCAUCAACCUGGCCUUCGGCUUUGCCGUCACUCUGGGCAUCCUCAUCGCUGGCCAGGUCUCCGGGGCCCACCUGAACCCGGCUGUGACCUUUGCCAUGUGCUUUUUGGCACGUGAGCCCUGGAUCAAGCUGCCCAUCUACACCCUGGCUCAGACGCUGGGAGCCUUCUUGGGUGCUGGGAUCAUUUUUGGACUGUAUUAUGAUGCAAUCUGGAGUUUCGCUGACAACCAGCUUGUAGUCUCGGGCCCCAAUGGCACAGCUGGCAUCUUUGCCACCUACCCCUCUGGACACUUGGACAUGGUCAAUGGCUUCUUCGACCAGUUCAUAGGCACAGCCGCCCUCAUUGUGUGUGUGCUGGCCAUUGUUGACCCUUACAACAACCCCGUCCCCCGUGGCCUGGAGGCCUUCACUGUGGGCCUGGUGGUCCUGGUCAUUGGCACCUCCAUGGGCUUCAACUCUGGCUACGCUGUCAACCCUGCCCGGGACUUUGGCCCCCGCCUUUUCACUGCCAUCGCUGGCUGGGGCUCUGAAGUCUUCACGACCGGCCGGUACUGGUGGUGGGUGCCCAUUAUCUCUCCACUCCUGGGCUCCAUUGCGGGUGUCCUUGUGUACCAGAUCAUGAUCGGCUGCCACCUAGAGCAGCCCCCACCCUCCACAGAGCAGGAGAAUGUGAAACUGGCCCAUGUGAAGCACAAGGAGCAGAUGUGAGUGGGCAGGGGUCAUCUCCCCACUGCCCUCGGCCUUGAGCAUCCGCUGACUGUGUAGGGGCCACUCCCUAGAAGCCCUCUUCAGGAUCCCCCGCCCAGGCUAAGAAGCUCCCUAUCUACCCUCACCCCACUGGACAGCCCCCUG